AUGAGCAUUAAAAACAGGAGGAGGAUCAUCGCUGAGGAUCCAGACUGGUCCCUAGAACAAGUGCCUUACCUGUCCAAACUCUGUCUCCUGGCUAUCAUAAACAACAUAGAAGUCAAACCCAUAUAUGGGGAACUGCUUCCCUCUGAGCAGAACUUCAUCCAGGAGAAGCUACCACAGCGCACUCCCCUCACAGUCACAGCCAACCUGAUCCCUGACGGCGUUUACUGGCAACGCCGCUGCAAGGAACUCUGGGACAACUGUGAUGUGUCCUACCAUGGCCAGAGCUGGAAGAGACUGUUUUUUGAGCGCUACUUGGAAGGUCUAAUUGAAGCAUUCAUUCCUGGACAGACUGAGCUCACCACCAUCCUGGAAAUGAUACCUCUAUGUAAAGACUAUGUGAAAAGAUUGGAUAUUAAGGAACUACUGCCGCCGAUAAAAAAACUAGAAGAGGAGAAAGAGGAGGAGCAUUUUGAGCUGAGCAGUAUCCACGAGGAAGAAGAGAAGCUCUGUCUAGACCAUUUUAAUUUCAGUGUCCUGUUAGAAAAGCUUGUGAACCUGGAAGAGCUUCACCUGGUGUACAGAGUCAAGCAGUGCGGUAUGAACUAUCAGAAGGAGAUGUUUCGGAUGACACAGAAGGACUGUGAGACGCUCUCUCAGGCUGUGAAGUCCUGUAAGACUCUCAAGGUUCUACACCUCUACCAGAGCAGGGUUGACGACACUCAGUGCAGACUUCUGGUUAAACACUUACUGGACCACCCAUCUUUAACCAAGCUGGACCUUAGUUUCAACUAUAUAGAAGACAGAGGAGCCAGAGCCAUCAGCAAACUGCUCACCAGGAGUAAAUUGAAGACUCUCACACUCUAUUGCACCGCCAUCAGAGACCAUGGUGCUAAAGCUUUUGCCCACAGCCUCUCCACUAACACCACUCUGGAGGAGCUAAACCUGAGCCUGAACUUGGUGGGGGAUGAAGGAGGGCAGGCCAUUGCGACUGCUCUGCUCAGCAACUCCUCUCUGAAGACCCUGAACCUGGGGGGGACAGAGGUGGGCGAGCAGACUGCUAUCGCUCUUUCCAAUGUGCUGAUCCACAACCACACCCUGAGGGACAUCAGUCUCUAUCACUGCAAGCUGGGAGUGAAAGCGGGUAAAGCCCUACAGGAGGCCAUGUCCAAGAACAGCACUGUUAUCAAGUUUGUCCUGGAUUGCACUGAUAUUGAGGAAGAAGACAGUGACUUCAUAAAUGAGGUGGUGUGGGCCAACGAGGUAAGUAGAAUAAGAACACGUGGUAAUAUAGAAUAA